AUGCAGCCCACACCAUCGAAUACGGGACGGCCUCAGGGCCGAGCUCCCGGCAGCUUCUCGCCCUUGCCCGGGAUGCCGCGAUCCUCCAUCGACCUGCCGGGAUCAUCGUCACGACCACCUCCCCUGCGCAUGGUCGACUCACCCAGCAGCAGCGAGGAUGGCACGCCCGCCAUUAUCAUCCCCAAGGCUCGGCAGCAGAGCGCCGGCGCCGCCAACCCGCCUUCCACGCCCAUAUAUCAGCAGUUCGCCAGCCAUGCCUUCGCCAGCAGCAGCGCCAGCGUCCAGCAGAGCUAUCCUCGCCCGAGCGCGCCCCGAACCGCGCCUCAGGGAGCGUCGUCCCCCGUUCUGAAGACGCACUCGAGGAAACACGCUGCCACCCAAGGCAUGUUUGAGCCAUCCUUGCCGUCAACAAGCACGUCCAACCUGUCCCAUAUCGGAAUGGGCCACAGCGGCCAACCUGCAGGCCCUGCGAAUGGAGGAUUGUCUGCCAGCGCGAUUGCUGCGCAAGCGGCCGUAAUGUCGCAUCAGAACACCCUCCAGUCGCGCCAGCGAUCUCAGACAGCCCCAGAAACUGAAGGCGCGAGGAGAGGGAGCGGCAGCAAAGGCCCUAUAAGCCCGCCCACAUUGAGCCUAACGGAAGCCAGUGCGCCGCGGGAAUCAGCCUUCAACAUCUCAGGAGGAGGCGCACGUCAACCACAUCAAGACAGGCUUGGGGCUGCUUCUAUGCAGUCUUCUGCUGCUGCUACGGCUGCUGCCAGUGUUGUAUUCCCUCGGUCUGGUGGCAAUUCUCCAAGAGAGCCGUCCGUGUCUCCUCAGCCGCAACCAUUUCCGUCUUUGCCUGCCGCAACCUCUGCUUCAACUAUUUCAGAGAAGCCUCUCUCCAAAUCCGAAAAGGCAAAGGCCAAACUAUUCUCACGGCCGUCCAAAAUUAGCGCCAAAGACACCAAGGAAAAGGCAUUGCCAAGUCCAGGCAAGAUUGGUUCGGCUUUAUCAGCUCUUCAGCGAGGCAAUUUCAGCUCAACCAAUCUCACAGACUCUGGUAGUCAGUCUUUUUAUAAUCUCAACAAUUCAUCGUCGGCAACCAUUCGGCCAAACGAAGCGACCGGGGAGGAAAAGGCAAAAGAGAAAGAGAAGAAGCAUCACUUCCUCUCAAGACAGAAGCAGAAGCUCAAGGAUGAGUAUCAUUUACCGCUUUCAUCGGCCGCUAGCAACUCGAGGCCUACGGAUCCAAACGCACCAAGCAGUCUUUACAAUUUCAGCGUCCCCGCCAGCCCGGGUCCUACGUCUUCUACUUUUGCAAAGGCCAAGAAAGAUAAAAAGAAUGCCGAAAGAUCGGAUAGUCGCAUGGACAGUGAAUCAGUGCCCGGAGAUUGGCCUGGUAGUCAAAGCUUACCAUCCAUGUCGCAGCAAUCAAGUGUUCUAUCCGACACAGUGGACGGUGUCAAAUCGGCGCUGACAGGCCUGGCUAUGGAUGAUGCGUGGAACUACUUAAAGCCAAAGCUUCUUGUUAUUUUCCAAGGCGAGGAUAUUCGCCUUCCAGUGGAAGACAUCAAUCGCAUUGUUAGCUUGCAUAUUCAAUGGUGUAUCCAUAAGAGGUCGCCGAAUAGACUGCUAGAGGAUCUUAGAGAGCUUCUAUCUUUGGGCUUCGCUACAAUGGAUAAGACACUACGGAGAAUGCCAGAAGAGCGCUUCAUGCCGACUCUCGUGGACAACUGGCUCGUUACUUUCACUUCCAUCUUGCCUUAUAUGCAAGCGGCACUGCUUCCCCUCGAUCUAGAGGUGUCAGGCUGUGGUACUCUUAUGACGCCUGAACAAGCUCGCGACUUUUGGGGCGGCGUUGUCACUGCUCCCUCUCCUGCGGCAGGGCAAUCAGCACAGGUCUUACCUGCAGCGACUGCUCUUGACGUAAGACGCCUGGUAUUGACGGCCUAUCGGGAUACCGUCAUCUUGUCACGCUAUGAGACCCUCAAAACAAUAUUCUCCCGCCUCUCUCUGGAGUUUCUUCCUUCGGCAUGGGCAAACAUGGCGCUCGCAUCUCCUCCUUUGGAAGCUACUCUCUCCACAUCGCCUCCCGAGUCCUUCUUUUCCAUGGCCCGCCCUGGCACGGCCAUGUCCAUUGACCCUUCAGUUGGCUCGUAUAACUCAACCAGCACUACAUUGCUAGGUGAUGGCUCUGCCGGCAGUCGCAGUCGAGCAGUGAGCAACGUCAGUCUUGGUAGCCGUGGCAGCGAUGGAGUGAUUCGCCCCUAUACGCCGUCAGGCAUGCAAGCCCUCAGCAGCGUCCGUGAGCAAAAUAUCGAGGACUCGAAGCAAGUAGCUGACAUGGUGGGCCGGAUGUUCCAGUGCAUGAGUGUCCUCUCGAGCAUCGGCGGCGUUGGCGGCGAUCUAGGCGACGAGAGUAACAGGAAGAUGGUUGAGCUGUGCAAGAUGCUCAAGCUCAACUGGCUGGGGAGAGGCCGGACGGGGCGUAACAGGAUGGGUAUAGUUGGUGGCAGAGUGAGGAGAGAUGAAAUCCGCGAGGAGGUGCGAGUUGCUUGA